AUGUCGGAAGCUAUCGUCGCAAUGACGCAAGAUGCGGAACCGGAAGGAAGUCACAAUAAUUUUGAGGUGUACGAUUGGGAUCCGAGAGAAAAGACGCGGAUCCUGAGCGCCUUCUUCUGGGGUUACACGGUAAUGCAAAUUCCAAGCGGUUAUUUAGCUAAAACGUGGAGCGCUAAAAAGCUACUCAGUUACGGGAUGCUAUUUUGUGGUAUCUUGAACAUUUUAAUACCCACCACCGCGCACUACGGAAAUGUGACCGCAGUCUGCAUUUGUAGAGUGGCCAUGGGGGCCUGCCAGAGUUGCCUUUUGCCAUGCAUCCAUACUUUUCUUUCAAAGUGGGCAGCUGUUUCCGAGAGAGCACGACUUGGAGCGUUUGCCUAUGCCGGGGCACAAUUUGGUACUGUGAUUUGUUUCCCGAUUUCUGGAGUAUUAGCAGCGUCUAAAGUCGGCUGGCCAUCCGUAUUUUACGUUUUCGGUGCUCUAGCGGUAUUUUGGAGCGUCAUGUUUUUUAUAUUUGCAUACGAUUCACCGUCUCACCACUCUCGAAUAUCGGAGAAGGAAAAAGUAUUCAUAGAGAGUGGUUUAACGAAUACCAACGAGAAAAACGAGCAAAACAACGAUAAGCAAAUCACACCGUGGAAAUCGAUUUUCACUUCGAUACCGAUGUGGGCUCUUAUAGUCGUUCAUUGCGGCCAAAAUUGGGGAUACUGGACUCUUAUCACCGAAAUGCCGAGUUACAUGAACGCCGUUUUGAAAUUCGACCUCGAAAAGAAUGGCUUAAUGGCAGCUCUUCCCUACUUGGCAAUGUGGAUUUUAAGUUUUCCAGUGAGUUGGUUAUCCGACUUUGCUUUGAAAAAAGGCGUCUCGAGAGGAGUAGCCAGGAAGGUUUGUAAUACUAUCGCUCACUGGGGCCCAGCUGUAGCUUUGAUCGGUCUUGCAGCUAUGCCAGAGCAUAACACCAACGUGGCUGUAGCGAUUCUCGUAAUAGCUGUAGGGUUAAAUGCCGGAUCGCUCUGCGGUUUUCAAAUAAAUCACAUCGACCUGAGUCCCAAUUUUGCUGGUACGAUGAUGUCCAUCACGAAUUGCAUCGCGUCUGUAAUUGCAAUAAUUGCUCCGCUAGUGUGCGGCGAAAUCGUAACCGACGAGAAAAACGUGACGCAAUGGAACACGGUGUUUUAUCUAUCUGCCGCGAUCUAUAUAUUAGGAAAUUUGAUUUUUAUCAUCUUCGGUCAAGCUGAAGUUCAACCAUGGAAUAAUUCUAAAGUUGAGUAA